AGAAAAUAAAAUUUAAAAAUAUUAAAGUAAAGACUACUAAUUUUAUUAUAUGUGAAAAUUGAUUGCUUAUCCUCAAAAAUAAUCUUGAUGCGAUCGUUCUACCUUUCUUUGUUUCUUCCUAGUCAAAGGCCACGCAAAGAAAAUUAUUCUUGUAUUUUGCUGAUUCUUUUCUCUAUUAAAUCUAAAUAAUCAUAAAAUAGGCUUUGUUCCCAAACUAGAAGAAAUAAGGGAAAAUGGCCGCUGCUAGAUCUUGCUUUCGAAAUCUUUGGAGAGCAAGUAGGGAAGUAUUUGAAGGAGAUAGCGUAAUUCUUGAAGACGCUAAAACUCGCAUUCGAUCUGGAUUUCGUGAAAGUGCUGGGCUUGUCGGAGAUCAAGCGAAUAAGAAAGUCAACCUAGGAAACGAAAUUGCUUCUAUUUUACGAAAGAAUUUGGUUCAAGCUGUAAAAAGAGAUGAUGGCGUCUACUCGUUGAAGAUUCGUGAUUCUACUGAAAUUAAUGAAAACAAGCAUAGAACAAAAAAGCUCAAGUAUUGAAGUUUUCUUGAGACCUGAAGAUAGUAAAGCUUCGCAAUACAAAGUACUAUAUGAUAAUAGGCCGUUACUGUUAAGAAUGUUUGAAUUCUGUCAUAUGUACAUAUCGAUAAGUAUACCUAUAUAUGGAAAGGAAAUUCAAAGACUUUUUUUAUUGCUAAAAGGAAAAGACUAUUAACAUGAUUAAAUAUAUGACAAAUUAUGGAGUGUAGUAGAAUAUUCUGAGCGAAAGAAC